GCCAAGAGGAGGGGAGGGUGUGGGGUGGACUGAAGGAGAAAAAGCUUCAGGCUUCAGUCAACACAGCAGAUAAAAGCGAGCGAGAAAUAGAAGCGAGGAGGACCAGCCCACCCCCCAACGGCGCGACCCCCUCUCCCCCUCCCCCCCACCCCCCCAAUGGCGGCAGCAGCAGCAGCAGCUUCGCCCGCCGCAGCCGCUCUCCCCCGCCCCUCCUCCCCGUGAUCCCCUUCCCCUCCCCCUCCCCGGCUUCCCCCUCUUCCCCUCUCACCCAUCCAUCCAUUUCCGCCGCCCGCGCCGCCGCCGCCGCCGUAGCAUUGGACGCCGACCCGAUGGAGCAGUACGAGAAGGUGGAGAAGAUCGGGGAGGGCACGUACGGGGUGGUGUACAAGGCCCGGGACAGGGCCACCAACGAGACCAUCGCGCUCAAGAAGAUCCGCCUGGAGCAGGAGGACGAGGGCGUCCCCUCCACCGCCAUCCGCGAGAUCUCGCUCCUCAAGGAGAUGCAGCACGGCAACAUCGUCAAGCUGCACGAUGUUGUCCACAGCGAGAAGCGCAUAUGGCUCGUCUUUGAGUACCUGGAUCUGGACCUGAAGAAGUUCAUGGACUCCUGUCCAGAGUUUGCCAAGAGCCCCGCCUUGAUCAAGUCAUAUCUCUAUCAGAUACUCCGCGGCGUUGCUUACUGUCAUUCUCAUAGAGUUCUUCAUCGAGAUUUGAAACCUCAGAAUUUAUUGAUAGACCGGCGUACUAAUGCACUGAAGCUUGCAGACUUUGGUUUAGCAAGGGCAUUUGGAAUUCCUGUCCGUACAUUUACUCAUGAGGUAGUAACAUUAUGGUACAGAGCUCCUGAAAUCCUUCUUGGAGCAAGGCAGUAUUCCACACCAGUUGACGUGUGGUCAGUGGGCUGUAUCUUUGCAGAAAUGGUGAACCAGAAACCACUGUUCCCUGGCGAUUCUGAGAUUGAUGAGCUAUUUAAGAUAUUCAGGGUACUCGGCACUCCAAAUGAACAAACUUGGCCAGGCGUGAGUUCCUUGCCUGACUACAAGUCCGCCUUCCCCAGGUGGCAGGCAGAGGACCUUGCAACCGUUGUCCCCAAUCUUGAACCUGUUGGCCUGGACCUUCUCUCGAAAAUGCUUCGGUUCGAGCCAAACAAGAGGAUCACGGCUAGGCAGGCUCUUGAGCAUGAGUACUUCAAGGACAUGGAGAUGGUACAGUGAGCUGGCUAUGUGGUAGUGACUGGCAUAUGUAUGAGCUGAGCUGAGCUGAGCUGCUCGUUUCAUUCCUUUUGUGAACGCUCUGCCUUCCCCUUUUCGGCAUUUUUGUCUGUCAACUGAAUAUUUCAGAUCUGGUGUGUUUGAGGUGCACUCAGGAUUGCUACUAAAUAGAUUACCAUCUUGGUCUCUAUUUUGUUCAA